CGUAUCUUCUGGAACCUUCUGAAUGGGAGCUUCCAGAAGCCCCCUCGCUGGAGGUAUAAAAAGACGCCGGCGUGUUGUGGGAGUCUGUAUCGAGUCCAAAGACACUCACCGGAAGGAGCAGCAGCACAGCACUCACUCAGACUCAGAACUCUUCACAAAGUUAUUGACUGACUCAAACCACCACAGAUUUCAUACUCAAGAUGCCCGAGAAUGCCACACACGCCAUGGAGGAGGAUAUGGAGACCUUCGCCUUUCAGGCUGAGAUUGCUCAGCUGAUGUCCCUGAUCAUCAACACCUUCUAUUCCAACAAAGAAAUCUUCCUCAGGGAGCUCAUCUCCAACUCAUCUGAUGCUUUGGAUAAAAUCCGCUAUGAGAGCUUGACUGACCCCAGCAGAUUUGACUCCUGCAAGGAGCUCAAAAUCGAAGUCAGGCCUGACUUGCAUGCCCGCACCCUCACCCUGGUCGACACGGGUAUUGGCAUGACCAAGGCUGACCUGAUUAACAACCUGGGCACAAUCGCCAAGUCUGGAACCAAGGCGUUCAUGGAGGCUUUGCAGGCCGGAGCUGACAUCUCCAUGAUCGGUCAGUUCGGUGUGGGUUUCUACUCAGCCUACCUGGUGGCCGAGAAGGUGACAGUCAUCACUAAGCACAAUGACGACGAGCAGUACGUGUGGGAGUCGGCGGCUGGGGGCUCGUUCACGGUCCGACCUGACACUGGAGAGUCCAUAGGCAGAGGCACAAAAGUGAUCCUGCACCUCAAAGAAGAUCAGACGGAAUACUGCGAGGAGAAACGCAUCAAGGAAGUUGUGAAGAAGCACUCUCAGUUCAUUGGAUACCCUAUUACACUUUACGUGGAGAAGACAAGGGAGAAGGAGGUAGAUCUCGAGGCGGGGGAGAAGGAGGAUGAUGCCGACAAACCCGCCUCCGAGAACAAGGACAAACCCGAGAUUGAGGAUGUGGGCUCCGAUGAGGACGAAGACACCAAGGAGAGCAAGAACAAGAGGAAGAAAAAGGUCAAGGAGAAGUACAUGGACCAGGAGGAGCUGAACAAGACCAAACCCAUCUGGACCCGCAAUCCCGACGACAUUACGAACGAAGAGUAUGGCGAGUUCUAUAAGAGUCUCACCAAUGACUGGGAGGACCACCUGGCUGUCAAGCAUUUCUCCGUUGAGGGCCAGUUGGAGUUCCGAGCACUGCUCUUUGUACCCAGAAGGGCUGCGUUUGACCUCUUUGAAAACAAAAAGAAGAGGAACAACAUUAAACUGUAUGUGCGCAGGGUCUUCAUCAUGGACAACUGUGAGGAGCUAAUUCCAGAGUACCUCAACUUCAUCAAAGGCGUGGUUGACUCUGAGGAUCUGCCCCUGAACAUCUCCAGAGAAAUGCUGCAGCAGAGCAAGAUCCUCAAAGUCAUCCGCAAGAACCUGGUCAAGAAGUGCUUGGAACUCUUCUCUGAGCUUGCUGAUGACAAAGACAACUACAAGAAGUGCUACGAGCAGUUCUCAAAGAACAUCAAGCUUGGCAUCCACGAAGAUUCCCAGAACAGGAAGAAACUGUCAGAGAUGCUGCGAUACUACACCUCUGCUUCUGGAGAUGAGGUGGUUUCUCUGAAGGACUACGUUUCACGUAUGAAGGACAACCAGAAACACAUCUACUAUAUUACAGGUGAGACCAAAGACCAGGUGGCCAACUCCGCCUUUGUGGAGCGCCUGCGCAAGGCCGGCUUGGAGGUCAUCUACAUGAUUGAGCCCAUCGACGAGUACUGCGUCCAGCAGCUGAAGGAAUACGAUGGCAAGAAUCUGGUCUCAGUCACCAAGGAAGGCCUUGAGCUGCCCGAGGAUGAGGAUGACAAGAAGAAGCAGGAGGAACUCAAGACUAAGUUUGAGAACUUAUGCAAGAUCAUGAAGGACAUCCUCGACAAGAAGAUAGAAAAGGUAACGGUCUCCAACCGCCUGGUGUCGUCGCCGUGCUGCAUUGUCACCAGCACGUACGGCUGGACAGCUAACAUGGAGAGAAUCAUGAAGUCGCAAGCCUUGAGGGACAACUCUACCAUGGGCUACAUGACGGCCAAGAAGCACCUGGAGAUCAACCCCCUGCAUCCUAUUGUGGAGACCUUGAGGUCGAAGGCUGAGGCGGACAAGAACGACAAGGCAGUGAAGGACCUGGUCAUCCUCCUGUUUGAGACUGCCUUGCUAUCUUCUGGAUUCACGCUGGAGGACCCCCAGACGCACGCCAACCGCAUCUACAGGAUGAUCAAACUUGGUCUUGGCAUCGAUGAAGAUGACGUGGCAGUCGAGGAUCUCGCUCAGCCUGCGGAAGAAGACAUGCCAGUUCUAGAGGGCGAUGACGACACAUCAAGAAUGGAGGAAGUCGACUAAACGGUGUACCAGACUCGUCUGCUUUCUUAAUACUACUCGUUGUAACUUAUUUAAGUCAUUAGUUUCUAAACAUUAACUGUUUGUCACCAUAAUGUAGAAAAGGUCACCCACAGAGCUGUUACAAUAGAACCUGAGGUGCUUAUGUGAAAUUACCCAAAACAAAACUUUUUAUGCCGACUGAUUCCAUGCAAUUAUAUUUUAGUUAGUUAAAGACAAUACAAUUCAUUGACGGUGUAGCGGUACUCUGGCCUGACCUCUGUUCAGACUGUGGGUUCAGUUCCCACUCAGUAACAAUGUGAAUGUGAGUCGGAAUGGUCCUCUGUCUUUAUAUGUGCCCUGUGAUUGACUGCCGACCAAUCCAGGGUGCAGUCCGCUUUUCGCCCAAAGUCAGCUGGGAUAGGCUCUUGCUCCAUGUGACCCUGAACAGAAAAAUGGAUGGACGAAUGUUUAUAUCUUCCAUCCAUCGAUCCAUACAUUUUCUAUACAUCUUAUCCUCAUUAGAAUUGCAUUGGGCUGGAGCUCACCCCAUUUUAUACACCCUGGACUGGUCACCAGCAAUCACAGGGCACAUAUAAGCAAACAACCAAACACUCACGUUCACACUGUGAGGCAGGCGUGCUAAUCAUUAGGCAGACCUGUGCUAUGUUUUUAUCUUAACAAACAAGAUACAAUUGCUUGGAACUGUGAAACCUCCAAGCAAAAUAAUAGUCACUGGAAAUAUGUAGCUUGUAUCUUUUUGUAACAUUUUUAUUGAAAGCAUUAAAAUUUGUAAUAAAAUCAAUUGAGAAAUCCAA